UUAAUAGGAUGGACAGUCUCAAACCUGUCAAACAACAUAUUCUCUGGAAAAAGAAGGCUGAGAUGCUCCAGUCUCGGGUGAAUGAGCUGGAGGAGGAAAAUGACUUCCUCAAGAGGCAGCUUGAAGAGAAGUCUGCACAAGAACAAGGUAUGGACUUGGAGAUAAUGGACACUGGAGGUGGGGAGCCACAGGCCAUGACUUUGGACUCCAGCACUGACACUACCACUGAUUCCAGCACUGACUCCAGCUCUAGCUCUAUCUCUGACUCUUCAGAUGAAGAAAAGAAGAAAAAGAAGCGUAAAAAGAAGAAUGGCAAGAAGAAAAGCAAAAAAAGAAAGAAGGACAACAAAAUGGUGAAGAGGUCAAACGGAAAAGGAGAGUGAGUUGCCUCAAUCGCAGAUGUGGUGAAAAGAUAUCAGCGUGUCCUCAAACUUGUGCAAAGAGGCUUCAGGAUGACCGCAGCUUUCAAGAAAGCUUGUGUUUCUAGAAAUGCUGUGAAAGACACCGCAGCAAUUGCAGAGAUUUACAUGGUAGACAAAAGUGACCUAGAACAGUUCAAGGGUAAAUACACACUUUUGCAACUAGCACAACUCUGUCAGAAAAAAAUUGUUGGUGAACUGGCAGAAAAGAUAAUUGAAAUGAAAAACAACAAACAGCUCAUCCCCUUUUCUGUCAAGAAAGACUGAAUGAGUUAAGUAGGUUGUUGUUAACUAAUGCAACUUUGUUUGUUUUUGUUUUUGAGGUUGUACUCUUUAUAACUUGAGCACCAAGCUAGACCAACUAGGGCA